CGCCAGCUUCGGAGCUGGGGGGCGGGGCGGGCGCGCGCGCGACGGGUGACGGGUGGCGGCGGGGGUCAAAGCGGCGCGGGUCGCGCUGACAGGAGGAACGGUACAGCUCGGCUCGGUUCGUCGCCAUGGAGGCCGCGCCGGGGGGUUCGCACCGCCGCCGCCUCCUGCUGCUCUCGCCGGCCUCCUCCCCCGCCGCCGCGGUGGUGAAGUCCCUCUUUCCCGCCGAGCUCUCGCCGGUCUCCGACCUCCGCCUCACCAUGGAGCAGCUGGGACGCGGUCAGCGUGAUAAUUCUGAACGAGUUCUGGGAAAUAAGAACAGUAAUGGCUUGCAGAGAACAGUGUCAUCAGAAUCGACUGACUCAGGUUAUGCUUUGGAUUCGCCUAGUCCUCCAACCCCAGACGACAUCGUGGAGGAAACGUUUGAGAAAACAAUUCUCGAGUCUAGCAGACUGAACAUUCGACUGCCUCUCAGAAGAAUACAUUCACUGCCACAAAGGCUCCUGGGCUCCAGUCCUGCUCUGAAGAGAAGCCAUUCAGAUUCUCUGGAUUGCGAUGCUUGUCAACUAUCAGAACAAGAUGAAAAUAAAGAGAAUGAAUCAUUUGAGUUUAAGAAGCCAGCCAGGCCAGUUUCUCGUAGUUCUGUACAUGCCCGUUCCCAUGAUGGAAAAGAUGUUCUUGGCCAAAGGCAGAAUUCAGCCCCAACUCAGAUAUUUCCUGCUGGAGAAGUACCCACGGGUGACUUGGAAAACUACAGGCCGCCUCUCCUGCAGCAGCAGUCUUCUCUAACCUCUGAAAGUGAAGAUGAUGACGGAUUCCUAGAACUGUUAGAUGAUCAAGACGUGAAGAACGAUGAGGAGAUGCCCUCUGAUGUGGCAAGCCUCUGGACUGCACCACUCGUCAUGAGGAAAACAGACAAUCGGGGCAAACGAUGCCGGUUGUUUGGUUCUUCCUCUCUGCUCAAUGGUGUAGGCAGAACCACCCAGAAAAGAAUGGAGAGAUCCCAGGAAGAGAACUCUCCAGGAAAGAGUAAGAAGAGGAGAAGCCUGCCUGGAACACUUUCUGAAGACUCAACGAGUUUGAAAAUAGUAAGGACGCAAUCCUCCUCAGCGGAGAUUGAGAGCAUUUUGGACAGUGACCAGAGAGACCUUAUUGGUGACUUCUCAAAGGGUUACUUAUUCCACACUGUCGAUGGGAAACAUCAAGAUUUAAAAUAUAUCGACUCAGAAAUGAUUGUCUCUGUGCUGACUGGGAAGUUUGCAAGCUUCAUCAAGGAAUGUGUGAUAAUUGAUUGUAGAUAUCCAUAUGAAUAUGAAGGAGGCCACAUUAAGGGUGCUGUAAAUCUGCACAUGGAAGAGGAUGUGGAAGAUUACUUGCUCAAGAAGCCAAUCCGGCCAUCGGAGAACAAACGAGUGAUAAUAGUGUUCCACUGUGAAUUUUCUUCCGAGCGGGGUCCUCGAAUGUGCCGGUUUGUGAGAGAGCGAGACAGGCUGGGUAACGAAUACCCCAACCUCCACUACCCAGAAUUGUAUGUUCUGAAGGGGGGUUACAAGGACUUCUUUUUAAGAUGCCGUAGCUUCUGCGAGCCCCAGAGCUAUCGCCCCAUGCACCACGAGGACUUCAAAGAAGACUUGAAAAGGUUCCGCACCAAAAGCCGAACGUGGGCUGGUGAGAAGAGCAAAAGGGAGUUGUACAGCCGCUUGAAAAAACUCUAAGGGCUGAACUGACCAACCAAAGACUGCCCGUCGCGGGGGAAGGUUGUGGCGGGAGGGGAGAUGUGUCUAUUCCUUGCUUGGGGUUAUCAGGUACUUGCUCUCUCCUCGUCUGAUGUCUUACUGGAAACACUGUGGAACUUGCACUCGCGGCCGCAGGCGUGAGCUUAGCAACCUGGACGCCGAUCCGGAGCUGACUCUUCUCGAUGUUUUUCAUGAAGCGGCUUAACAAAAUGGCUUCUUGCUUUCUGUGACAUCCACAAACGAACUGCCCAACAGUCUGCACUGCGAAGGGGUGGGGAGAGUCUGUCAUGUGCCAUGGACAUGGGUCUCAGCCUGGCAUGUGGUGUAAACAGGAUAUUUUAGUGCCUGGGGAUUUUAAAAUUUUUUUAAUGCCUUAUUUUAUUUAAAUACAGUCGAAUGAAGCUAAUACCACUGCAACUGAAUCAUCUGGAUUGUGCUCAAACCUUAUUUCUGCUAAAGGGCAACCUGCUCUAGGGGGUUUUAGUUCUUUUCUGAGCUGUUUUGGUAGCAUAAUGCAUUGCAGUGAGGUAAGGUGGGAAAUAGUUCUUUACAGCUAGGUUUUACAAAGCUAAACUCCUGUGUUACGCUGGGAAGCCUCUUGAAGGCAAUCUAAGGGGAAACUGCUUAUUGUACAUAGGUAUCGUGUUCUCCUAACUUAUUUAAUCUAGAUUGCUUUAUUUCAUAGUAACUUGUAAGGAAGCUGGUGUUUCAAAGGCAGAAUUUCUGGGAAUUGAAGUUGAUUCAAAAGUGGGUGAAGUUAAUUCAGUUUCAGGUGAUCUCAAAAAUACCGGGUGGCAAAGCAGUUGCCGGCUUUCUCAACAAUAGCAAUUUACUGCUGCUCGCUUCAAGGUUAUGUGUUAUCCCAAAACGUGUCCAGUGAAGAAUCCGACUGUGGGGAAUCGCGCUAAUCCCGUCGGCACGCCUUUCCCGAGGCUGCUCUAAAGCUGCUCCUGCUGCCAUGGACUUGACUCCAGAUGUUUGCCAGCUGCAAAGUAGUAGAACCUUCUGCCCCAAAAACUCCUGAACGAACAACUUGGCGAGGAAGAGGAGAUGCUGCAGCCGACACUACGCCCCAGCUGAGCCCUGCGCGUUGCCACCUAAAGCAGGUUCACGCUCCCGUGGCUGGACGUUGCCGGUGUUCAAAGCUGCUUGGCCGCUGCCUUGGUGACACAGGAGACCCAGCCAGCAAACGUCGCUGCAGCCCGCUGACGUCGCGGCAGGCCAGCCGCUCGCUGCAGCAGCGUUUGCCGGUAGCUCGUCCUUCUUCCGUGCAAACAUCGCGAAACUUGUGCUUCUGGAGGGGGGGCACAGCCGGGGAGCAGCCGCCUGUCCCCCAGGCUCUCCCUUUAGCAGAAACCUUGGUGCUUCACGUGGCUCGAUUUGUACCAUGCAGGCCAGUCUUACGUGCGGUUGUACUUAUGUCAAAAAAAUGCUGAAAUGGAGGUGGUUAUGUGGAGUUUUAACUUGAUUUUUUUUUUUUAAAGCUAUUUCUUAAGACCUGCAGUUCAUCCUCUUCAAAAGUAAAAGGAUAGACUUUGAACUCUUGAAUUAACUCUGAUUUUUAGAAAUAACUUUUUUGCUGGCUUCUCUCUCAAAAAGCUGAAUACUUUAAACAGGAAGAUUAAGAAAUGCUAAAUCAGAAAGGGUGAUUACUCAGCUGCCCUUUGGGACGAUAAGUGUAUCUCACGCCUCGCCUGAAGGCCCGACUUUCCCAAGGAAGCUGGUGGGGUGACUUGGAGGCCUGAGCUGUAGCAGGGGAUCAUGUGUCUGUGAGUCAGCGGUGAGGGCCUGACUGUCCUGCCACCCGGCAGCAGCCUCGUGGACCAGAACUGCUUUUUAGCGCAAGGCUGUUGCAGGAGAUUUUUUCAGUGCAGCCUUGUAAACAGUUGCUCUAUGUGAAAGUUAACCUGCUAACCACAUUCCAAAAAAAAACCCAACAAAAAGAAAAGCAGAUGGAGAUUGUUUAGUGAGUCGUAAUGCUCUUUUCUGGGGUUGUUCGGCUGCAGCUUUUGGAGCAAAACCAUUAUAGCAAUCCGUGGCUUUACCAUUGCACUUCUAUGUCUCUCAAUCAGUUAAUUAUCCCAAACUUCCUGAUAUUCAGGGAAUGAAACGUGGUGUGGGGGUUGCCGUUUCCUGGGCCCAGCAGCACUGGAGGGCUUGAGCUGCAGUGUGUGUUUGGAGCGACUUAGAUGUGCGUGUAACCCUGCCGAGAUGGCGAUGCAACCCCUUGCUUUAUACCCGACCUCCUCCUCUUCUGUGUACUGCGUUUAAGUCUUGUGGGUGUCAAGGAGAAAGCUGCAAUGUGUCCGUUUCCAAACGGGAUCUGUACGAAAGCAGCCUGCACUUGUACGAGGCUACUGCAGGCUAUGAGAAUAAAGUACUUAAAAUCCA